AUGAGACAUUUCAGCGGCGGUCGCGGCGGCGCUCACGGCGGACAUUGUGGACCUCACAGCGGACCUGGUGGAUCUCACGGCGGUGUUGGUGGCUCGAUUGGCGGACUUGGUGGAUCUCGGAGUGGAACAUUCGGAAGAGGUCGUGGUAGACCGAGAGGCGGUUUCAUAGGUGGUUCUCGGGGAGGGUCGCGAGGUGGCUACGCUCCUUCGCGACAAGCUCCGACUGUUUCAGCUCCUCAGGCCAGCACUGCUCCUUCCCCUCUGGCAACUAACUCUCUUGUGCGAAAUGAUCUAUCCUACGCUGAAGCUGCCCGUUCACUUCCGUCGGGUGACUCUUCACAACCUAGCGAUUCUGAUUGGCAAUCUGUCCACAAAAAGCGCCGGCUCUCGGAUUCCAAAUUAGUCUGUAAAAAAUGUCUGCGAUCUGGGCACACAUCUAACGAAUGCAGGCAUCAAUUAACCUUCCGGCAUUGUGUUGGGAUUGGCCACGUCGCUGUCCACUGUCCCAGACGAUCCCCUCAAGGUGUUGAUAGUGAUAAUUAUCGCUAG